AAUGUGCUACACCUCUUGGAAAAUGUUCUAUAGGAAACCACCCUCUGAUACUGCACAAGCAGUAUCAUUCAGAAGAUUUGGUUAUUGCUGGCAUUUCUUCUCAAAUUUACAUGAUGUCUGAAAAAGUAACAUUCAGAAGAAAUCCAUCAAAUGAACUGGUUGAUGAUUUCAUCUAUUUCCUGGCAAGAUGGAUCUAUCUUGCUUCUAUGGAGCUUCUCUCUACAAAGGGAAGGUUCAUCCCAAACUACAAGUGUGAUCUCAAGGACAACGUGGUAGCUAUUCUUGCAGGACCUAAUUCUUACAUUGCUCAGUUCAUGCCAAAUAUUUUGAACAUUUACAAGAUCCCACAGCUCAUAUAUGGUUCAGCUGCAGAGAUGGAUGACAACAUACAAGCUACUUUCUUCCAUCAGUUAUUUCCAAAUGAAGAUCUUCAAAUUAUGGGGAUCAUCCAAUUGUUGUUUCACUUCCAGUGGAAAUGGAUUGGGCUCAUUGUCCAGAACCCUGAAUAUGGAACGAGUUUUAUUCAGAAUAGGCUUGAUAUAUUUUUUAAGAAAGGCAUCUGUUUUGACUUUGUGGAAGAAAUGCCAAAGGAAUCUGUUACCAAUGACAUUGAGGUGCAAGUUAGUGGCUAUGUUAUGAUGUACAAGGUUAUUAUGAGAAGUACUGCCAAUGUUGUGAUCAUAUAUUGUGAAAAUGAGGACAUGCCCGUUUUUAGAAUGUUUCCAUAUAUUUCAGAAUAUGAGGACCUGCCAAUAAAGAGAAAAGAUAAAAUUUGGAUAAUGUCAGCACAGAUGGAAUUCACAUCACUCCCUUUUCAAAAAUAUAGGGGUCUGGACUUCAUCCAUGGUGCACUCUCCUUGGCAAUUUCCUCAAAGGAGAUAUUAGGGUUUAAGAAUUUUAUUCAGGUGAGAAAGCCUACUUCUGAAGAAGAAGACAGUUUGACAAGACUGUUUUGGGAACAUGCAUUUGACUGUUCUUUCCCAAAUGCUAUGUUAGAUGAGGACAGUGGCAAUGAAUGCACUGGUGAGGAGGCACUGGAGACUCUUCCUGAAUCUGUAUUUGAAACUACUAUAACUGGGCAAAGUUAUAGUGUCUACAAUGCUGUCUAUGCAGUGGCCCAUGCUCUGCAAGCCAUGUUUUCAUUCAAACCCGAACACAGAAAAAGAGGAAAUGCUUGGGAACUCAGGACUCUAAAUCAACAGUCAUGGCAGUUUCAUUGGUAUCUGAGAACUGUUUCAUUUAACAACAGUGCUGGAGAAACGGUUUCCUUUGGUGAAAGAGGAGAAAAAGCAACUGGAUUUGAUAUUAUCAACUGGGUCACAUUCCCCAACCAGUCGUUUGAUCGAAUCAAAGUUGGAAACAUAGCUCCAGUGGCUCCCCCAAACAAACUUCUUACUCUUUCUGCAGAGGAAAUACUCUGGCCCACCAUGUUUAACCAGGAACAGCCCAUUUCUGCUUGCAAUAGUCAUUGCUUAUCAGGUUCUAGCAGAAUAAAAAUAGAAGGGAAGCCGUUUUGCUGCUAUGAUUGCUUUCAGUGUCCAGAAGGGAAGAUUUCAAACAAGACAGAUGCAGAUGACUGCUUCCCAUGUUCAGAAGAUCGGUACCCAAACAAAGCUCACAAUCUUUGCAUUCCAAAACGCAUCACAUUUUUGUCUUAUGAAGAACCUCUGGGAAUUAGCCUGACAACUACUGCUUUCUUCUUUUCUUUCAUCUCAGCUGGGGUGCUGGGAAUCUUCAUUAAAGAGCGGGAUACUCCCAUUGUCAGAGCCAACAACAGGAACCUCACCUAUAUUCUUCUCAUUGCUCUCCUCCUCUCCUUCCUUUGCAGCUUGCUCUUCAUUGGGCAACCUAACCAGAUCAAAUGUCCCUUGAGACAAACUGCUUUUGGCAUCAUCUUUUCUGUAGCCGUUUCUUGCAUAUUGGGGAAAACUACCAUUGUUGUUCUUGCUUUCAUGGCCACCAGGCCAGGCUCCAAAAUGAAGAAAUGGGUGGGGAAACGGUUGGCCAACACGAUUGUCCUUUCUUGCUCUCUGAUACAACUCUUAAUCUGUAUGGUGUGGUUGGCAAUUUAUUCCCCAUUCCCAGAUUCAGAUAUGCAUUCAGUGGUUGAAGAAAUUGUCCUGCAGUGUAAUGAAGGUUCAACAAUGAUGUUUUAUAUUGUUCUUGGUUUUAUGGGGCUCCUGACUGCUGUCAGCUUCACAGUGGCCUUCCUUGCUAGGAAUUUACCUGACAGCUUCAAUGAAGCCAAAUUCAUCACCUUCAGCAUGUUGGUCUUUUGUAGUGUCUGGAUAUCAUUUGUUCCCACUUAUCUGAGCACCAAGGGGAAGUACAUGGUGGCAGUGGAGAUCUUCUCCAUUUUGGCUUCUGCAGCAGGAUUACUGAGCUGCAUCUUUUUCCCCAAAUGCUACAUUAUUAUUCUGAGGCCUGAUCUGAACAGAAAGGAACAGCUGAUAAAGAAACAAACCUGA